GAACCGAACAGCGGGAGCAGCAGGAUUGCGCUAGGGGCAGCGGGCAGCGUAGCGGAUGUGUCCGGCCCCCCAGCUUCCUGGGAGGAGGGAAGGGAAAGUGCGGCCCCGGCUCCUGGGGUAAGUGGGUCCCCGCCGGGGCUGCCGAGCUCCCCUGCACCCGUCCCACGCGAGGAGCGGGCCUUGGUCUGGGGAUUCCCGGGGCCGUUUGAAAAAUGGAGCCUACAUUUCUCCUGGAUCUUCCACAGCAACUGGAAGGAGAAAGCGGCCUUUUAACUUUCAUCUCAGCUUGAAUUUACUUUAAAAAACCAAAAAGGUGAAAAUGCACCAUGGGAACGGUCCUCAGAAUGUUCAGCGUCAGCUCCAGAGGUCCAGAUCCUUCACAGGUAGUGAGGGAGAAGAGCAGCAGACAAACUUACCGCAGUCCCCUGCAACUUCAUUUGCUCCUUCUGCAAGCCCGUCUGCACCACAGUCCCCCAGUUACCAAAUACAGCAAUUUAUAAUGAGUAGAAGUCCGGUAACUGGGCAGAAUGUGAACAUCACACUGCAGAAUGUUGGACCGGUAGCAUCAGGAAACCAACAGAUAACACUUACCCCUUUGCCAAUACCAAAUCCAACAUCACCAAAUUUUCAGUUUAGCCCUCAGCAAAGGAGGUUUGAGCAUGGAUCUCCAUCGUAUAUUCAAGUUACUUCACCAUUGCCCCAGCAGGUUCAGUCUCAAAGCCCUACACAACCCAGUCCUGUACCAGUGCAGUCACUACCAAAUGUUCGGGCAGGCACUCCAGGUUCUGGCUUGGGUAUGUGCAGCCAGAGCCCUACUAGAGGAUUUGUAGAUGCUAGUUUGCUUGUGCGACAGAUCAGUCUGAGCCCUUCAAAUGGUGGACACUUUGUAUAUCAAGAAGGAUCCGGAAUUGCACAAAUUGCUCAAGGAACUACAGCACAGGUACAAAUUCCAUCUUCUGGGGCACCUGCAACUGUACGAGAACGCAGGCUUUCACAACCUCAUUCACAGACUGGUGGCACCAUUCAUCAUCUUGGACCUCAAAGUCCUGUAGCUAGUGGAGCAAACAUGCAACCAUUGACUAGCCCCGGUCAUAUUACAACUACUAACUUGCCACCGCAGAUCAGCAAUAUUAUUCAAGGGCAGCUCAUGCAGCAGCAGCAAGCACUUCAAGGGCAGCAGUUGAGCAGACCCAUAGGAUUUGAUAGGGCUUCUGGUGGAUUAAUAGCUGGAGUUGGAGGACCCAACUCUGCAGGCCCGCACCGCAGCUUCUCCCCGCGCAUGGGAUGGGUGCAGGGCGGAGGGGAGCCCAGCACCUCCCACUCUGGCACCCCCGGAGGGGACCCACUUACCCCAAGAGCUGGGGCCACACUUUCCAUUCCCUCCUCACAGGAAGCUGGGGACUGUCACUGGGGAUGAGGGAAAAUACAUCUCUUACGGGCGCUGAUAGGAGACAAACCGCGAGUUCCGUUCCUGUACUGUGACUCCGUCACUGCGUAUGCGCAAUGGCUCAAACCAAACAGUGGGAGCAGCAGGAUUGCGCUAGGAGUAGGGGGCAGGUCGCCCCAUAUGCGUGUCCUGUCUUUGGCAUGCUAGGGAGGACAGCCAGGAACCAGGAUCCUCAUCCUUGCUAAUCAUAUCACCCGCUCAGAGUGACUGGAGUGACAGAGCAGGGCAGGGACACAACACAGAGAGCAGUGGGGCGGGAGAGGAUCCCCUCAGGAUGGAGUUCAGCAUAGGGCACAUUAGCAAGCCCUGAGAGAUUUUCUACACAGACCCCAUACCCACCCUCCAGAGGCAUUUAAAGCAGGGCCACCCAAGCUGUGUGCUGGGAAUGUCCACAGGGGGUCAGAGGGGAAAGAAUCUUAACCCAGGCCACACACUUUGUUAACAGCGUACAUGAGAACAUGAGACAUGCACAGAGGUGAAAGUUAGCUGGUACGGUCCAGUACGGCAUACUGGCAAAAGCCAGUAUGCCGCACCGGACCAGACCGGCUUCCCCGGUGGUGAUUUAAAGGGCCCGGUGCUCCUGCCACUGUGGGGAGCCCCGGGUCCUUUAAAUCACCUCCGGAGCUCCAGCAGCGGGGCUUUAAAAGGCCUGGGGCUCCCCGCAGUGGCAGGAGCACCGGACCCUUUAAAUCCCUGCCUGAGCCUGACUGCUGGAGCCCCAGGGCUCCGGCAGGGAUUUAAAGGGCCCAGAGCUCUGCAGCAGCCGGAGCCCCAGGCCCUUAAAUUUGCCCUGGGGCUCUCAGCCGCCUCUGCAGUCGGUAGCUCCGGGGUGAUUUAAAGGCCCCAGGGCUCCCAGCCAGAGUCCCGGGGCCUUUAAAUCACCUCUUCCGGUUGAGGCCAUGCCCCCUUUAAGUUACUUUCACCCCCAGACACGCACAAAGAAACAGGACAGAAAGAAGGCAAUUUAUAUAAAAAAAGAAAGGACACUUUAUUGUUCAACUUGCACUCGGUUUAGGCAGUAUAUCAGUGCUCACUGAAUUCCUACUUUACAGCACUAAAGAUUCAUCUAAAAAUUUAGUUUGCAUUUUGUUUCCAUACACCUAACAGGACACCUAUUCAGUUCCGUAGCUCUAACAAAAAAAAGCCAGCAGUUUUCACUGUUAUGCAUUCCAUUUAGUGCAACACUCCACAAGUAAAAUGUACUUCUGUUUAAAGAAUAACUGGAUAUUAUUUGAUAUUGUUCUGGAGACAAUAGCCUAGUACAACGAUGAACAUGUUGAUUACACCUCUGUCUCUGUAAUUUAGUUAUUCACUGCUUUGGUACAGAAAGAUGGUUAUUUUCUGUCAGCAGAAAGCAUUUCAUUUUAACAGACCUUUUAUCUGUACAUUACAAUUAAUAUAUUUUCAAUGUUGAGUACAUUUUUCUUUUUUCAGAUUUCAGUAAUAACUUCUCUUGCAUUUAUGUCUGCAAAAAAGUGCUCGAGUCUUCAUUUGGAAAAUAAUGUGGACAACCUGC